CCAAGAUGGAGUUCCUGCUGGGGAACCCCUUCAGCACCCCGGUGGGGCAGAGCCUGGCGACGGAGCCCACAAGCACUGGACAUGUGUAGCGGCUCGUCCUUUGCAGCGUGCCUGACCCAGAUUUGCCGCUGCGGUGCUCUCAGCUGUCACAAAGGAGUUAACCGGCUGCGGGGAGGGUUCGUGUGCCGUCUGUCUGAGCAGCCUUACGUAGCCAGGAAGAGCUCCUCCACAACCAAAGCAGAGCAGGCUGUCAGCUCUGUUUCUGCGAAGAAAGGCAGCGUGCUGCACCCAGGGAGUUCCUCUUGCCCGAGUGAGCCCUGCCGGGAGGUGCUGGAGGAGCCCCAGAGCCGCAGCGCCACGGCGGGGAGCGUCGCAGCCUCCCUGCAGGAAAAGGCCACAGAUGGCUCUCUGCAGAGUGAAGACUGGACACUUAACAUGGAGAUCUGUGACAUUAUCAACGAGACAGAAGAAGGCCCAAAGGAUGCCAUUCGAGCACUGAAGAAGAGGCUGAAUGGAAACAAAAAUUACAGAGAGGUCAUGCUGGCUCUGACGGUGUUAGAGACCUGUGUGAAGAACUGUGGCCAUCGCUUUCACGUCUUAGUGGCAAACCGUGACUUCAUAGAUGGCGUUCUGGUGAAAAUCAUCUCGCCCAAGAAUAAUCCCCCCACUAUUGUACAGGAUAAAGUACUAGCGCUGAUUCAGGCUUGGGCUGAUGCCUUUCGAAGUAGCCCUGAUUUAACCGGAGUAGUGCAUAUUUAUGAAGAACUCAAGAGGAAAGGCGUAGAGUUUCCCAUGGCAGAUCUUGAUGCUUUAUCUCCAAUCCACACGCCACAGAGGAGUGUUCCCGAAGUUGAUCCUGCAGCAAAUAUGCACAAUUCACAGUCUCAGCAAAGGAUGAGCACCAGUUCUUACUCGUCAACUUCUCCAACGGCGUAUUCUGCUCCUCAGGCUCCAGCUCUGAAUGUGACUGGUCCCAUCACUGCUAACUCUGAACAGAUUGCCCGGCUGCGCAGCGAACUGGAUAUUGUUCGUGGGAAUACAAAAGUGAUGUCUGAAAUGCUGACAGAAAUGGUACCUGGACAAGAGGAUUCCUCAGACCUUGAGUUACUCCAGGAACUGAACCGAACCUGUAGAGCUAUGCAGCAGAGAAUUGUGGAGCUUAUCUCACGAGUGGCCAAUGAAGAAGUCACAGAGGAGCUGCUGCAUGUGAAUGAUGAUUUAAAUAACGUCUUCCUCAGAUACGAAAGAUUUGAACGUUACCGAUCAGGACGUUCAACGCAAAAUGCCAGCAAUGGAGUACUGAACGAGGUGACAGAAGAUAACUUAAUAGAUUUGGGUCCUGGCUCUCCAGCUGUAGUAAGCCCAAUGGUCGGAAACUCAACACCCCAGUCUUCACUUUCUUCACAGCUUGCAGGGCUUGACUUGGGUACAAACAGCGUCAGUGGCACGCUCGGCUCCCUACAACACAGUAACCCUCGUGACGACUUCGACAUGUUUGCACAGACAAGAGGCAGUUCCUUGGCUGAGCAGCGAAAGAACGUGACAUAUGAGGAUCCACAGGCUGUCAAAGGACUGGCGUCCGCCCUGGAUGUUCGAAAACAGAACACAGGAGUGAAGGGAGAUGAGCUGGAAGAAGGAGUGACCAGCGAAGAAUUUGACAAAUUUUUAGAAGAGCGAGCCAAAGCGGCCGAGAUGGUUCCCAAUCUGCCGUCCCCUCCCCUGGAAGCCCCCACCCCGCCGACAAACCCUUCGAGCAGGAAAAAGCAGGAGCGCUCGGAGGACGCCCUCUUUGCACUGUGAGGAUUUGCUCUGCCACCCCUGGGCUCUGCAGGAGAAAGUUGCCGUCCGGCCACCUCGUCCUCUCGCAGCACUCGGCUAACAGCGAGCCCUUCGCCCCCGGUUUCACAGAUCGCUUCUCCUUCUCCUCCCUCUCUGUCUCAAACAACCCAUCCCCACAAGCUGACUCUUUCUAUUUAAGUCCGACGCUCUUCCUGCCAGACCACGAUUUUCCAGCACUUGCUUAAUCCCCUCCUUCCUAUCCCGGCUGCACAAAACCAGCUCUUGAUGCUGAAAACCUCUUUUGAAUGCAUGAGUACGUCACAGUGUGUUGAAACAAAAGCCCAGAGGGGAGAGAGCAGCCUUGCCCUUCAAUUUAUGUAGGGAUCAUCCUCUUCUGUAGGCAGGUCCUGCCAAGUAGACUGCUCUGUCGAUCAGCAUGUAAUUGACUGAGCUGGAAUGUUCAGAGGGAGUGUGUCUUUAUUUUUAGAUAAAAUGUUAAUGUAUUGGCUUUCGUGUCGGAUUCGACAGCAAGGAACAACUGUUCCCCUUUCAACAUGUGCUUCACAAGUUAAAAUCCUUUACUCUCCCACUCACACAUCUCCUGGUACCAUAUGGUGGUCGCUUCUCCCCACUUUGUGCGACGCUUCAUAUUCUUAAUCUCACAGGGUAUUUUUUUCCUUGUGUUUUAUCUGGGCUGGCUCUAAUUUGAAAGCAGUCUGUUGGCUCUGUCCAGUCGCUCUGGCAGUUGACAAGAAUGAAAAGCGCCGAGCUGAAUGGAUGCCGUAACGUUAGCGCAUGAAGCAUUUUGCUCUUUGGGAGAGCAUUCGCACAGGAGGGUUUUUUUUCUAGCGUGGUUGCCUUUUUAAAAUAGCUAGGUUAUUUUUUCCUUACCUUAGAUCCCUUCUUCAGUGGCUGCAGAGCUCUGUGUUUGUCUCGGCUGUUGUAAAUAGCAUCCGUGCAGACGGAUGGGGCUUUGCUCAUGGGCUGGGUGGGAACCGAGGUUCCUGGCUUCCCUGCCGUGCCUGGUGGGACGGACCUGCUGCUUCUUGGCUGUGAUGAGGAGAGGAGAACCCUACAGAGGCUCGUGAGAGAAUGCUGGUGGAAAUGGUUAUGCGUGGAGGGACUGGCCGUGGCCGUGCCGGAGGUGGAACAACUCAUUUCCUUUAGGGCCUGAGACAGCGUUGGACAAUUGUGGCCAUGCUAGAUGUAAUCCUAAUAGUUUCCGGAGCGUCCUUUGCAGCCCCUGCCCCUUUAUCACUCCCAGCUCCUGGGGGACUGCUCUUCCCGGGGGGAUUCCUCCCCGUGCGCCCACCUCGCCGGCGGCUCCAGCCCUCCCUGCACCCCCAAGCGUGUUCCUUGGUAGGAAGCCAGUGGCACGAGACCGCAGGAUCAAAGCGAGAGCCCAAUGCCGUGCGGCAGGGAGGAUCUGCUGCCCUGGCAGAGGGGCAGCUUACCCGAGGAACGCCGGUGCAGGCAGCGCUGUGCUCCGCAGCCCCCUUCCCUGGGGCGCUGGCUGUCUUAGGCAAGCAGCCGCCUUGCUCCGACUUGGCACGGCCGGGCUGCCCGGGACGCUGCUGCGUGCCGAGCUGGCUCCGGCGCUUCUUCUCGACCAAGAAGCCGUGCUGCAGACAGCUGAUGUGAAAGCGAUAGAGGCUUUUAUCUGGGCACGGGUAGUUCAGCUCGUAACAAACUCUCCGAGGCACGCCGCGCUCGGUGGCUUGUGACGCAUAGAGCCUUGUCCCCCGUGGCCGGCUUGCAGCACUGAUGGGCUGAGGGCUGUCAGCUCCAGCUUUGGAGGGAAGAGUUGUUUGGUGCAGGAUUUCCAGGCCACCCCAGGCCGGCUGUCCCUCUCUGCUGUCCCUGCCAUCCUCCCUUCUGUCCUGCCCUGCCUGCCUUGCCCCCCACCCCGGCUCUGCCUUGCCCCCCCUGCUGCUCCGUAGCCCCCUGCAUGGCUUGCAAGCGGCCAAGGAAAAUCGGUGUAAGGAUGGAGAUAGCUUGGGGACCGCGCUGCCUCUUCUCCCCGCUUGCUGGCUCGCCCUCCGCAUCGCCAAGCCCCGCUGUGUGAGUCUGCAGAGGGUUUCCCUCUAUUUUUUUCCUCUCUGUGGCUAAAGGAAGGUGCCAGGACAGCCUCAGUUAGCGGCAGGCGUGCCCUGCUGCUCUCCCGCGCUGCCCUCGCUCUCUAACACAAGGUGAGCCCGACGCUCAGGUGCCGGGUGCCAGACACCCCGCAGCCAGCUCCUGCCAGACCCUGCCUUUCUGCAGCGCGUCAGCUGUGGCCCCGAGCUCCAGAAACCCAAGGAAACUUCUGCUGUGGCGCUGAUUUGAUUUCAGACAGUGUCUGGUGAUCGCCUGAGCAGCCUUGCCAGCGCAGAAUGAAUUGUUGGUAUUCCUGUCGACGCAGAAAAGCUCCGUGGGUGUUUUAGGAGUGUGUUUUCGCUUCUAAAUCCUUGAAACACAUUGACCCUGUAAAUGGCCGCAUCAGGUGAUUCUGAGCAUGUUAAUCCAGCUUCCCUGCCAAGCCCAGGGAGAUAAUCGCAUUGCUCAAGCGUGGAACGUUGCCGAAUGAUGCCGAGUGGCAAGAAUAUCAGCGGGGCUGUCACCGGAGCCCCUUGGAGUCCCACCGCUGCGGAUUUGCUGCCCCUUCUUCCCCCAGCCCUACGCGAAGACGGGAGCUGGGAACCCUGCUUCUGCCUCCUGCUAAGCCUGUCCCAACCUCGAGUUGUUGCUGCAGAGGGAAGCCGGUCCCUUUCUGAAAGAGCUCGCGGAGCUGUCGGUGACUGCCUGCUCCCUGUGGCCGGGGAGGAAAACAAAUGAAAGAAGAGGGCUGGGGCUGAGGGGAGAUGUGCGGCACGCGCUGGCACUGCUCAAGGGACCCUUCGGCGCUUGUAGCCCCCCCGAUGCCCCGUGUCACCUGCUGGAAAGCUGGGGCCCUGCUCGUGGGGGUGCUGGCGCUGUGCUCGAAUAGGACAGCACCCAGGGGCUGCCUCCCUCGGGGGGCUGGGGGGGACCCUCGGUGGGCCCGGUGCAGGCCCCCAGGGCUGGCCAGGCUGGCUCCCACAGCACCCAGCACGCAGCGGAGGGAAUUAUGGCAGGGAAGGAGCGUGUGGAGGAGCCAAGGGUUUGUCCCGAGCCUCCUUUAACAAAGGGAGAGCUGCGCUCGAGCUCCCUAAUAUCCUGUAUCAGGAUCCCCCACCUUCCCCGUCCUCGUGUGGUCCGCGAGUAACCUGCCUGGUGGAAACUGGGGGAAAGGGAAGGGGCUUUUCGCGUCGGAAGACUGACCCGUGGUUUAUUCUUCCUUUGCUUUCACCCUAAAUGCUUCCUCUGUGCAAGUGGGCAGGGGCCGUGCGUGGCCGUGGUGUGAGCGAGAUGAGGGACGGAGCUUCUGGGGGUCACAGCUUGCUAACGACACUGAAUUAUUACCGGGGUCCUUUGUCAGUUCUAAUCGUACCAUAUUCUAGGUUAAAAUAUUUAUUUUGUCAAUAUAUUUCCUUUCCGGUGUGUUUUUAACCUCUUCUGUUAACCCUUCAUGUGCCGAGGUGUAAGAAAUGAAUGCUUUCUAUUUAAAGGCAUCCUUUGGGGUUUUUUUAAUUGUUACGUGUAGGUUUCAGCUGCUUCUUCGGCAGGUGUAGUAGCUAACAACGUGCUGUACAGACAUUUAGGGUGGUUAGGUGAGGCUCAUAGGAGAACUCGUAAAAAUGUGGCCUGGUGUCUUUGAAAGGGAACAGCCUAAGUGGGGAGACUGGUCCCUACUGGGACCCUCGCGUAGCCCCCGCCGUGCCCGUCCCCUUCCCGUUAUCACCACCACUGUCAGAAACGUGCUGGUAAUUCAGCCCUGCCCUGGUCGGGGCUGGUUCUGUGCUCCCAAGCUGGAGAGGGAUUUUAUGGAGGGUUCUGUUCAUUUGACCGCCUCCAGCUUUUUUUUAAGGGAUCCACUGACCGUCUCCACUUCUAAAUGGAGGACUGCAGAGCUGGCUGCGGUGGCGAGAUGUUUCCCUCCAGUGGUGGAAGAACAGACCCGGGCGGUGGGUUCGGCCGGGGCAGGGGCGUUCGCCCCCCUCCCGUGAGCAGGACCAGGACCCAUCCUGCUCCUGCUCCUCUCUGCUCCGCGCUCCCCUGCUCUCAGGAGCCGGGAGAGCAGACCCAGCAGCAUUUCCAGCGGUCUCUUCCAUCCCAGGCGUGGUGAGGUCUCGUUGUGGCUGCUGGGAAGCCCUGCGGAGCGCCGCUUGCGCUAUCUCCAUCCCCGGGCCAGCCUCAUCCAGCCCAGUCAUUGUUUACCUCCUCCGUGCUAACCACAAGGCUUGCCGAGCCUACCCUGGAAAAAAAAAAAACAGCUCAGGACAGAUAUUUUUAUGGAAAUACUGAAGCAGGCAAUCAGCGAGCGGAUUUGUAGGCGUCUUGGAGGUAACCCUUCAGCUGCUGGGGCACCCACGGCCCCUGCCCGCCGGCGGAGGCGAGGAGGCAGGGAUCCCCAGCCACGUCCUCGGAGGCGAUGCUGGUGUCCGCCAGCACCCUUCACCCCAAAAUGCAGCCUCUGGAGCAGGCUCCCAGCCCCGGCGUCCCCGCUGCUCUGUCCGGGAGAGAGGUGAGGAUGCGUUUUGCUGGGAGCCAGCUGGAUUUGGGGCCCCGCCGAGCUCCGGUCCUCCUGAGCCCACAGUAAACGCGCGCCCACCUUCCCCCUGCUCUGUGUUUUUAUGAGUACGAGCUCCUCGUUCUGUACAUGGUAUUAUGAGCUGUCGUUAGCCCUACAAAUGUAACCUGUGUAAUAGCUUCUCUGUAUAUUACAGCUGUAGGCUUUCCAGAUAAAAGUGGAUAAUAUUUAUUUACUGAAGAUACUGGAUAUUUUUUUGUUUGGGAACGGGGUAGGGAGAGAAGGGGGACGUAACUACUUUAAGAGAUUGACUGUGUAAAGAGAAACAAAACGCAAAAAAAAAAAAAAAAAAAAAAAAGCGAAGAAACCCAACACUAAAACGUUGCUGUAUUCACGUAGCAAGUGUUCACUUACGGGAGAUACACCUGUAUUAAUCCGCCGUCGUUUAACUUGUUCCAGAAAUCAUCUCUACUUUGGUUCCUGCAUGUGAGAUACUCCAAUAAACGCACUACUCGUGUGACCGGA